AUGUCGCGCUCCGCUACCACCCUCUACGUUUCCGGCUUUGGUCCCGCAACCCGCGCCCGUGACCUCGCCUAUGAGUUCGAACGCUACGGCCGUCUUGUCCGUUGUGACAUUCCCGCUCCCCGUACCUCUUCCAGCAGACUUUUCGCCUUUGUCGAGUACGAGAGCCGUCGCGACGCCGAUGACGCUUACCAUGAGAUGCACAACCGCCGCAUCAGCCGCAGCGAAGAAUUGAAGAUUGAGUGGGCCAGAACUCCUCCUUCCGCCUCCUGGCGCUUCGAUGCUGGCCGUCCCCCUCGUGGUGAGCGCGGUGAUCGUGGUGACCGUGGCGAUCGUGCAGACCGUGGCGACCGUGGUGAUCGCCGCGACCGUUCUCCCCGUCGCCGCUCCAUCAGCCCUGCACCUCGUUCCCGCCGUGGUGAUAACUCUCCUCGCAAGGAAGACCGCCGUGAGCGCGACUACGACCGCCGCGACCGUACCCGUAGCCCCGAGGACCGUGAGCGCGAGAGAGAGCGCGAUGUGAGAGAGCGUGAUGAUGACCGCGAACGCGACACCAAGCGUGAAGACGAUCGUGAGCCUGAGGAACGCCCUCGUGAGGACCGCGAGGACCGCGAGAGAGAAGAACGCGAGCCUAACGGCGAGGAGGCCAAGGAACCCGCCGUGGAGUCUCCUCCUGCCGCCGCAGCCCACGAUGACCUCGACACGGCAGAGUAG